AUGGCAAACCAUGGCCCGAGUGGUUCCGGUAAAUUCUCUUUGGGCAAAAACAACGCUCUUGAAAGCAAGAUCGAUCAACUUGCCCGCAAAAUGGAGAAGAUGGAGUUGAAAGGGGCUCAAGAGGUCAAGGUUGUAAGUAAGGUGGAAGAGGUACGCAUAAUAUGUGAAGUUUCGGGGCAUUCCACCAAUGAGUGCCCUAACAUCCCCGCCUUCAAGAAUGCUUUCAACAGAAUUGCCCCCAAGGAGGUGAACACUGUAAGCCAACAUUAUGAUCCUUACUCUCAGACUUAUAAUCUGGGGUUGAGCCAAAAUCUGGCUUUUUGUUGGAACCAACCAAAUGAAGCUCGACGUUCAAGGUCCACUGCCGACUCAGAAUCAAACGUGGCGGCCUUCUCAAAGCCAAUGGCCGCCACAUUUCCCUCAAGCUCAAGGACCUCUAGGAUUUGUGCCUUCCUGACCUUUUCAAGGUUCGAAUCAAUUUCAACCACCACAAAGGCAAUCCUUGGAGGAUUUGAUGCAAGCGAGAAGAGAAAAUUCCCUUCCCAACCGCAAGUAAGUCCUCAAGGACAACAUGCGAUUGGUAGCUCUUCGGUGAUUAUCCCCGAGCAAGCCAAGUCCAUAAUCACUUUAUGGACUGGCAAGGCGGUUGAUAAUGCUAUUGUCAAUUCUGUGGCUACACCUAUUUUAUUGCCUCCCCCAGAGCCAUCAAAGCAAACAACACUUGGGGAAUCUCGCAAGCAAGCUCCGGAGGUUGAGGAAAGUGCUCACACUCCACAAGUCUCUCCCAUACCGGCACCCUAUCCUCAAAGAUUGAGGGUGCUAGUAAAUCCCGUUUCAAACACGACGGUGUAUGAACUCUUUAAGCAAGUCAAGAUCAACAUCCCUCUUUUGGAUGCCAUUAAGCAAAUACCCUCCAAUGCGAAGUUCUUAAAAGAUUUGAGCACCAAGAAGUGCAAGCUCAAUGUCCAAAAGAAUGUCUUUCUCAUAGAACAAGUGAGUUCAAUCAUCCAAACUAGCACUACCCCGAAGUACAAAGAUCCUAGGUGUCCUACCAUUUUCGUAAUGAUCGGAGGAAAGAGGGUUGAGCAAGCUCUUUUGGAUUUGGGAGCUAGCUCUGACUUGCUUUCGUUCUCGGUGUAUCAAGAACUUGGGUUGGGAGAAAUGAAGCCUACUCGGGUCACUCUUUAA